AUGAAUCAUCUGGUGAUUUUCCACCGCGUGGAGCGUUAUGGAGCGCUGGCCGAGGAGAACAAGAACAAGGACGCCAAGGGCCGAUUGCGUUCCCGCCAGAGGACCUCCAAAGGAGGAGCUUGGCUGCUUGAGGAGAAGAAGGAGAAGAAGGAGGAGGAGGAGGAGGAGGCCAAGGCUGAGGAGGCUAAGCCCGCUGAAGCCACCGAGGCUAUGAAGACAUUGGCAGCCCUGCUACCCCUGCUUGGUGCGGCAGACGUAAAUGCUCUGCCCCAGGCAACAAGUACGUCUGGUGCGACACCGACUGGCUCCGGGGCCACCGCGCAGGCAACAGGCAACCCAUUUGAAGGGUACCAGCUCUAUGCCAACCCGUACUACAGCUCCGAGGUCAUGACUCUGGCCGUGCCAUCUAUGACUGGAUCGUUGGCGGAGCAAGCGACCCAUGCUGCUGAGGUUCCAUCAUUCCAUUGGAUGGACAAGACGGACAAAGUGCCUUCCAUGGGCGAGUACCUCGCAAACAUCAAGGAGCUCAAUGAUGCUGGAGCCAACCCUCCGGUUGCUGGUAUCUUUGUGGUCUAUAACCUCCCAGACCGUGACUGUGCUGCGUUAGCCAGCAACGGAGAACUUUCAAUUGCAGACGGAGGUGUCGAGAAGUACAAGGCGUACAUUGAUUCCAUACGCGAGCAUAUCGUGCAGUACUCGGACACGAACAUCCUUCUCGUUAUUGAACCUGAUAGCUUGGCCAACCUGGUGACCAACCUGGGCGUGGCGAAAUGUGCCAAUGCUCAAGAGGCUUACCUUGAGUGCACAAACUACGCCGUCACCCAGCUGAAUCUUCCCAACGUCUCCAUGUAUCUCGAUGCUGGUCAUGCCAGAUGGCUGGGAUGGCCGGCCAACAUCGGCCCAGCAGCCCAGCUCUACGCGAGCGUUUACCAGAACGCCGGUUCACCAGCGGCACUCCGUGGCCUUGCAACCAACGUGGCCAACUAUAACGCCUGGGACAUCGACGUUUGCCCCUCUUACACGUCGCAGAACGCGGUCUGUGACGAGAAGGGCUAUAUCAACAGCUUUGCUCCUCAGCUCGCAGCUGCAGGCUGGGACGCCCACUUCAUCGUUGAUACCGGUCGUAAUGGUAAGCAGCCCACGGGCCAGGUUGAAUGGGGUGACUGGUGCAACUCCAAGGGAACCGGCUUCGGUGUUCGCCCAACUACCGACACAGGCGACGAGCUGGUCGAUGCCUUCGUUUGGGUCAAGCCCGGUGGUGAGAGCGAUGGCACCUCUGACACCAGUGCUGAGCGGUAUGAUGCUCACUGUGGUGCCGCUGCUGCUCUUCAGCCGGCUCCUGAGGCUGGGACCUGGUUCCAGGCCUACUUUGAGCAGCUUGUGGCUAAUGCUAGCCCUCCCCUUGGCAGCUAA